ACGGGGGGGCGCUUCCCCGCCUGAGGCCCCGCCCCCAGCAGGCUAGGCUGCGCGGGACCGCAGGCGGCGAGGGCAGGUGCGGCGAGCUGCGGGCAGGUGGCGGCGCGGCGCGGGCCAGCGUUGAAGGCGGCUCCAGGGCCUGCCAGGACUCCGCCUGCAGGGACGAGCCGCCCUCCCCCGCCGGCUCCUGCCAUGGGAGUGUGGGGACAGGCCCCCGUGCGAUGAGAUGUGACACCAUCCGCCGGCCUCCCCCGGCAGUCGCGCCUCCCCAGCCAGGGCCUGCCGGCUCGGCGGCCUCUGCGUUUCGGAUGUUUGGUGUCCCCAUGGAUCCACAGCCAUAGCCAUGGCGACGCGGGUGGAGGUCGGCUCCAUAACGACCCUGACAGCAGUGCCAGGCCUCGCUGAGGUCUCCAAGGAGGAGACCCUGACGCGGUCCUACUUCUGCCAGGCCAGGGACGCCCCCGGGUCCUCGUCGGCGCGGCUCUCGGAAGGAAAAAGCCCCCUGCGGAGUCCCGCACGCUUACUCCCCCUGCCCAGACUCGCCCCCAAACCCUUCUUCAAGGAGAAGGCCCCGGACCCAAAGACCUCCAUCGCAUCCUUGCAGCCCAGCCCGGCCAAGCCGGCUCCUGCCUGCGGGCCCCCCCAGGACGCGGCGGCGGCCAAGGCCCCGGGCGAGGGGAUGCCCGGCCUGGCGGGGCAGGAGGCAGGGGCCGGGGAGGGCCUGCGGAGAAGCUCGUCCCUGUUCCACAAGGCCCCCUCCCUGCGGCCCAUCCCCGGCUCCGAGAUCCUCUUCGAAACCACCAAAGCCGGCCCCGCGCUGGGCAAGCGGGCCAGGGACGGGGUGCAGGAGGCCAGCGUGGGUGUGUCUCAGGCGCCCCCCUCGGGCUCGAAGCCCGAGGUGGCCGCCAAGCCUGCCCUGCCCGCCCGAAAGCCCGGGGCAGCCCUCCCCUGCCCGGCCUCCCUGUCCCAGGACCCGACGCCGGCCGCCGACGCCGCACGAGAGGAGGCAGGCCCCGGGGAGCCUCCCGCCAAGGCCAGUGGUGCGGAGGACACGGGCGGCCCCGCCGUGGAGCCCAGGCCUCCCCGCCUGAAGAGGAGGCCGGUGUCGGCCAUCUUCGGGGAGACCGUUCAGCCCCAGAAACCAGGCCCCGGCGGAGCGGCCACAGUGGGGAAAGCGCCCCCCACGCCCCCUGAGAAGACGUGGGUGCGGAGGCCCAGGCCCCUGUCCGUGGACCUCACCGCCCGGUUUGAGAGCAGGGAGGCCUUGCUGAGGAAGGUGGCCGAGGAGGCCACGGCGGGCCCCGCCGGCCAGCAGCAGGGGCCGGAGCGGUCCAACCCGGAGCCCAAAGAGCAGGGCGUGGGUUUGGGCAAAGCAGAGGCCCCCCUUCGGGACCCCGACGCGGACUUCCUGGAGGUGGCCAAGAAGCUGCGAGAACGGAAGGACAAGGUGCUCUCUAGGCAGGCGGGCUCGGCCAGGGUCAGCUCCACCGAGGACCGGAGGCCUGGGGAGGAGAGAGCCACGCUGGACGGGGAGCCGGAGAGGGCUCCCGAGGAGUCCCCCUCGCCCAGGCCGGGGAACGGCCAAGACACGGCCGAGGUCAGGAGCAGAGCGUCCGACGGGGAAAUCCGGACCCGGGGAGAGUGGGUCUCCAGGGGCAGCGUCAAGAAGCGCCUCAGCCUCUUCGGGGAGGAGACUGCCGUGGCCGUGGCCGAGGGGCCCGAGUCCCCACCGGCCACCCCUGAGUCCCCGUCGGCUGCGCCAGAGCUGCAGAAAGCGGCAGUGAGCGUCCAGGAGCGGAUCAAAGGCUGGACCACCGAGAGCUCCGAGGCCAAGCCGGAGGUCAGAAGGAAGGCAUUCCAGGCACGGCCGCUGUCGGCGGACUUGACCAGACUGUUUUCAAGUUCCGCUUCGGGCAACGAAGUCAAGUACGAGAGGUGUUCGGAGCUGAGUGACGAGCUUGCUAAGGAACCAAGGAAGAAGCCAAAGGAAGGGCCUGGUUCGGAUGGAGCCCCCGCUCCCAGAAGCCCGUGGCAGCUGGGGACGCUCCGGGAGCCGUCCGGGCGGACACCAAGGAGAGACAGCUGCCCCCCGGUCCCUGGCAGCUGCUGCGGGGCGAGCCCGGCGGGGGCGCUGCGCUCCUCCAACAGCACCCCGGAAGGCGACGGGGGCUUCCAGACCGUGAGGGCCACGGUGUUCGAGCAUCACGUGGAGAGACACACUGUCACACCCCCCGGCGCUGUGACCCAUGUCCCCGAGCCCAGGCCCAGGCCCGAGAGAAGCUCGUGGCUGGGGAGGGAGCCUCCAGAAAAGACGGUCCUCCAGAAAGAGCACUCCAGGCGGUCCGGGAAUCCUGACACAGACAAGUUGGGACCGACUCCUCUCUCGAAUGGUGACCCCAAACAGUAUCACACGCCUCUGCCUGAAAAGUGCCCCCCGGGCGAGAAACGCAGCAACAACCCCUUCCUCCUGUGCUCGGAAAACCCUCCCAGGUCACGGAGGGUGGAGCCCAAGUAUGACAUUGUGCACACAGUAGGGGAGCGCGCGCACAGUGAGGCUGUCCCCACUGUGCCCGAGGAGAAGGCCAUGACUCUCCGGAGUGGCAGGGCCCGGCCCUCGCUGAAGGGGGGGCAGCUGCCCCCUGAGGACACCCUUGCCCACCCCGAGUGCGGGCUGGACAGUCAGGCGGGGUCCGUCCAAAGGGCCAGUCUGAUUUGGGAGGCCCGAGGGACGCAGGAGGUCAGCGGGCUGCACCCCGACUCCCGAGAGCCAAAAGACGCGUUCCGGGACCCGCCGCCCAGGUGGAAGGGCGGGGCAGCCGGGAGCUGGCAUAAAGCCACGGUGGUGGUCAGCGACGAGAAAGGCUCGGAAGUGAGUCCCGACGUCACCAGUGAGCGCUUGGCUGGGCCCUGCGGCACUGAGGCCUCCGGUGUGAGGGCCGUGCAGGCUGCCAUGAGGGAGACCUGGCCCCAGGGGCCCGAAGGGGCCGGGAGCAAGCCAGGAGGCUCUGUUUCGGCAGGAGAGAGGGGUCCGCUCUGGGGCUGCCCCCCGGACCCUCCUUUCAGGGCUAAGGAGGAGCCCUCCGACUUCCCAGCACGGCCACAUCUCGAAGGGCCGGUGCGGAGAGGGCCCCUCGUCGUGGCUGCCGGUGAGGGCGAGGGCGCGCUGAGGCCAGCCCCGGCCCGGGAGCCUGAGGCCAGGAUGCGGAGGGUGAGCCCCUCCGACCAGAGAUUCGACAGGUGGAGGCGGCGGACUCUGCCCCACGACGUGAAGUUCGAUGAGUUCAGCUUCCUGGCCCCGGAACACUCCUCGAAGGCGGAGCAGAGAGGCGCAGAUCAUCCGAGCUCCACGGCAGGGGCCUUAAGGAAACCUCAGCCAUGCCAUAAUAGGGUGGCGGCCCAGGACGGGGAUCCCGGCAUUUCACGGGACCCGGCUCCUCCCGCAGUGAAGCCGGGGUCCUCUGUGGAACCCAAGGUGACAUUUUUUGCAGUGACAUAUCAGAUUCCUGAUACUCAAAAAGCAAAGAGUAUUGUUAAGUCAGGACCCGAACACUUGACGGAACAUUCUAGAAAAACAGCUCCGCCUCCAUCUCCUCAUCCUUUAGCUUCUCCCUUGGUUUCUCCCAACCCCGAAGAGCCACGGGAGACCGUGGGCAGUAAAAACUGGGCUCAGAGCAGAGAGCGUGACCGUGCAAGCAUUUCAAAACCUCCAAAGCCAGUAGACACUUCACCGCCUCUUGGGGACAGGAUCAUGGGUCUUUCUACCGAGAGGAUCAUUGACCCCGACACGGUCUGUGCUCCUCGGCGGUGUCCAGAGGACAGCGCUGGUUUUCAGAGUGACAGGAGGGACAGUGGGAACAAGACGUCCCCCGGUAGUGCUCCCCAGACGACCCCAGCUUCUGGAAGUCGCCUGAAAGCCGGCGACCUCCUGGUUAGAAGGAAGACUGGGGUGGUCAGCGAGACGUUCUCAGGUAAGGUCAGAGACGGCUACAGGUCCAGCGUUCUUGACAUCGAUGCCCUGAUGGCCGAGUACAAGAAGCAGGAGGCCCAGGAGCAGGCGGCGGGCCCGCCCGCGGAGCCCAGCCGCUGGCCUCAGGAGAGGCCCGGCCCACCAGGCGGCGCGGAGCGGAGGAGGAGGAGCCUGAAGGAAGGGCCGGAGGCCGAGGGUCCCUGGAAACGGGCCAGCUUUGCCGAAACAAACCACAGUUCUAGUCCUGGCCCUGCCAAGCCGCUGCCAGAGACCCCGGGGGCAGCCACGAACCCCAAACUCGGCUCUCCCCUGUGGCCUCUGCCGCACCCCGCUCCUCCUGAGAAACACCCAGGGGCCUCCUCUGGCCCUGGGGCUCCCAGGAAGACCUCAGGAACCUCGGAGGAUGAAACGAAGACCUUUGCUAGUAAGCACCCCGGUGCAAAGUGUCAGAACUACCCCGCCGCCCGGGAGGACCCGGGUGCUGGGGCCAGCAUGCUGCCCAGACCCUCCCCAGCCGACCCGAAGAAAGGGACCCCGAGGCAACCCAGCUGGAGGGGCGAGGAGGGCCACGCGGCCCAGUGGGGCGACCACCCGCAGCACCGUGGCAGGUCACCGCUGGACGUCAAAAGGGCCUGUUCGGAGAAGGGCCCUCCUGCCAGGAUCCGAGAGGGCCUGUCCAUCAUGCAGGAAGCCAGGGAGAGGAGGCGGGAGCACAAGGCACGGCGCAGCCUCCCUGGGGAGAGCUUGGAGGCCAGGGAGGCCGAAGCCUCGCCCUGUCGGCGGGACUCCGGGGCUCGAGACGGUCACAGGGUGCCAUCGAGAGACCUGGGGAGGGAGGAUGCCUCCCAGGGCGGUGAGCCGCCGCUCCGGCAGGCGCCCCCUGCGGCCUUGGGCCCCCGGAGGAGCCACAGCUUCUGCAAGGACAAGAGGAGCGGGGCCUUUGUGGAUCAGCUGAAACAGUGUUUCACCAGGCGGCCCCCUGAGCCCAAGGACACUGACACCCUCGUACAGGAAGCCGACAGCCAGUAUGGGACGUGGACAGACCAGCACCAGAGCGUGGAGAGCGUGGCUCCCGAGUCCCCGUCCCCAGACAGCAGUGCCGCGUCGGCGCGGAAGCAGCCCUCCAGCAGCCGCUUGUCCUCGCUGUCCUCCCACACGGAGGCCACCUCCACCGGGGACCAGCAGGACUGCUCCCGGGACCAGCGGAGCACCAGCGUGGACCGCUCCAGCACCGACCUGGAGUCCACCGAUGGGACAGACGGGCUGCCCCCUCCGGACACCGGCUCGGCGAGGACCGUGGACGACUUCUCCUUCAUCGAUCAAACCUCAGUCCUAGACUCAAGUGCCCUCAAGACCCGGGUGCAGCUCAGCAAGAGAAGCCGCCGCCGGGCUCCCAUCUCCCACUCGCUCCGGCGCAGCCGGCUCAGCGAGUCAGAGAGCAGGUCUCCGCUGGAAGAGGAGGCUGACAGCGCGUGGAUGUUCAAGGACUCGACAGAAGAGAAAUCCCCCAGGAGAGACGAGUCCGACGACGAGGAGCAGCCACCCAGGACCGAGAGGACACCCGUCAGCCACCCCCAGAGGAUGCCGGUGUUUCCAGGCGUUGACCCGGCCGCGCUGAAGGCUCAGCUGCACAGGAGGCCAGAGGCGGACAGUCCCGGCGAGUCCCCCGGCUGGGCCCCGCAGCCCAAGACCCCCAAGUCCCCCUUCCAGCUGGGCAGUCGGGUGCUGCCCACCAGCGUCGAGAAGGACGAGAGGUCCGAAGAGCCCUCACCCCAGUGGCUAAAGGAGCUGAAAUCUAAGAAGAGGCAAAGCCUGUAUGAGAACCAGGCCUGACCAGACAGGGUCACUGCCACAUGUCAUGAACAGAAGCCUUAACUGUCACAGCCCCCGAGACGAGGCCACGCUGCUGCCGUUCCUGCCUGCACAACGGUUCCCUGCUGGGACCCCUCCUUCCGGCGGUCCAGGGCCCCGCACCGCACCAAUCCUCAGGCGCACCCCCCCCCGCCCUCCCCCCCCCCCGCCCACCGACCGGGGCGGAAAGGCCCGCCCUCCUCAGUGCUCACUCGUCUCCCUGGACAGCACGUCGGCCUGGGAGAGAGGCCAGGCCACCCAGAGACACCCAUGAUGGUGGUUGUGUGGGGGGGGGGGCGGCGGGGGGUAUGUAGAAACCGUGCGUUUCUGCCCACUUCAGCAGCAGCUCCAGGGGUGUGGGUAUCGGGCUGGAUCGUCUCCCAGGGCUCCGGAGAACACCUGAAUCAUGAAAGCACCUCCUCCCCCCGCCCCCGGGCAGGUCUUGUUCUGGAGGACUUUGGUCUCCUGCUUGAAUUGUGUGCAGGGCAGGUCCCUGGGCCGGGGGUGGCUCCCAUGAUGUUUUCGGCCAGUCCCAUCUCUCUCUCGAAGGAUCAGCAGCCCCGAUGUUUCAACGUGCCCAUCCUUCUGGUUAGCCUUCCGGGGGGCCCCCAUGCGUGGUGGCCCUCCGCACCGUGUGUCAUCUGUUUGCUUCCGAAGGUGACAAAGCAAUAAUCAGCCAACUCCCCCUUGAAGUUUGCUGUGUGUGCGUGUUUUCGCGGUGAAGAGCGGGAGGAGAGGGAUGGGACCGCUCUGCUGGAAGCAUCCGAUCAUCUCAGGUUAUCCGGCCCCCGUCCCGGCGUCUUAGAGACCCCAGUGGUCACGCUUGCCUACAUGUUCCCGGUUCCUCUUCUUUCUGCGCUCUGACUUCUGUGGAGUGACCUCUGUCCCUUGACCUCAAGGGCUCAUACACCGCAGCCCAAACGGCAGUGCCUUUCCCACCCUGCGCAUCUUUCUCUCCAGAGCUGCGUUUGGACGCCACCCGAGCGGCGGGCACGGAGAGCGUUUGCACACCGGCCUCGGAACACACGGCCUGAGCGAGGGUUCCUUCUCGCCGCUUCCUCUACCAACCCCCCGCUGGACUCCCCCCGACCAAGUGCUCUUUUUAGGGCCCAAUGAAGGAAGGCAGGGUCUCGCUGAAAGCCCUUCUCUGGAGGGGAGCCCCGCUCCCCGCCAGACCAGGGGGACUCUGGACGCAAGUGCUAGAUCCCAGGUGGCCAUGUGUGAGGUUUGCCUUGCCUUCUUCCCCCUUGCCGUCUCGACUCUGUCGUCUUCGGAAAUCCUCAGCACCAGCCUCCUCCUCCGCCAGUGAAGCCCUCGCCCCAGCACACAUCCCAGAAGUGCCCGGCUGGCCACCUGCCACGCCCGGAGUUGCCAUAAACUUUGUGCCAACCUCACCUGGGAGAUGCCCACCGGUGAGAAGGACGCUCGGGCAGUUCGUGGGGCCCCCCGUGAUUGCUGAGGGGCCCUGGGGCUCAGUUUCCUAAUGGGUGCUUGCACAGCGCUGGCUCGAUGUGGCAGUGGGGGGCACAUGCGCGCCCCUCCCCCCUGCAACUUUCCGAAAGGUGGGGACCCUUCUUCAUAAAUCCGUGAUUUGCAAAUGGUGUCCAAGCUCCCCUUCUCCCCAGCCACCUCUCCAGUAGUCCUUGUUUAUCUGCCCACCAUUCGAGGUCUGUCAUCUCCCCACCACUUUCCUCUCUGGGGGGGGCAGGGCGGGGGUUGGGGUGGAGAGCAGUCUCGUCUCCCCCGCCUUUGCCUGGAGAGCGGCUGCGCGCCAGCACCAUGGACAGGGACGGGAGCCGUCCUCCCCGAGUCCUGCGGGCUGAGCUCUGGCCGCUUCCUGAUGGGCACUGGUGGGGCCCUGUCGCCCGCCCAGCCUGGUGCACCCCGAAGCCCCUCGCAUCCGUGUGUGGAGGUCGGGCCUCGCUCGCUCGUAGUUGUGUUCUCUCCCUUCCCUGAGUAAGUGGCCGGUCCGUCCUCUCUGGCCAUUUGGGGAUCCACUUCCUCCAGGAGCUGCUUCAGUUGACUUUUGUUGGUGUUGGUUGAAGGGCUAUCUCUUGUUGUAUGACCGUGUCGACGUGGUGGCUUUCCGGGUCCGCAGUCCCCUGCAGGACACUGCUGGCUCCUGGCUUCCUUUCUCGGCUGCUGCUUUCGUUGUCUUUUGGUGGGGGGUGGGAAGGGCCCCUCGGCACCUUCUCGGGCUGCAGCGGGAAAUGGCCUGUUCUCUUCCGUGAGAGCGUCGGUGCUCACCACGCACGGCUCUCCAUUCUGCACGCGGCGGCGUGUCUCAGCCCAAGCACAGCUGGCAGAAAAGAAAGACACUUGGCCAUGAGAUUGAGCCGGAGCUCUUUUGCCUGACCACCCCUGCCCCCCGCCCCCACACACACACACACACACACACACACACACGCACACCUUGGCUGGAAAUUAAGAGCCAGUUCAUUUUUUGGAGAUUAAGUCACACGAAGUCCGCCCCUUUCCACCGACUAGAGCAGGCCCCGAACACCCUCCUCGCUCUCCUUCAGCUCCGGCAGCCUCGCCUCCCCACCGCAGGGCAGAUGGCCACGGCGGGCAACAGCGGCCCUCCCCCUGCGGGCUCCCCGCCAGCCCCGUGCGGCAAGGUCAGGAGGGAUGGUGCCCGGAGCCUCUGCAGAGAGCUGGGGGGCGGGGGGGCCUGGGCUUCUCCCCUUUUCUGAAACUGGGUGAGCUCUUCGGGGCAAAGCACGGGUUUGUAUGCUGGUUUCUCGAGUUAGCCUGGAGUCAUCUUUGGAAACCUGUCUCCUCUUCAACGAACUUAAUAUGCCUUAAUCCUCUGUAUGCAAUCCAGUCCCCUGCUCUCUGACCUUCCUCCUCUGGGCCCGUGGCUCUCCUCGAAUGAGGGUCUUACGCAGGAAGCACAUGGCGAUGGGUGUAUAAUCUCUGCCCGCCGCCCCCCCAUUCUCCCUGUCUCUCUCCCCCUCCCUCCGCCCACUCACUCACACCCUUGGCACGUCCGUAUUUUGACAGAAGAUCUUAUAAGCCUGUGUCUUCUCCCCUCCAGCAGAUCCCCUCCAUGGUCUCUUGCCCAGGGAAACAGAGGCCUCCGGCCGUGAAGUCCCCCGGCGAGGCCCCGGAGAGCAGUGUUGCGGAGAACUGCUCGGUGCCGCCGGGGAACCUCUGGGGCGGGACAGGCCCCCGGUGUUUGGACGGCGACCUGGCAGCCUCGGGUUGUCCAGGACUUGGGGGAGAGACAAUCGGGUGGGGAUGUUGUCCAGGGGGACGAGCCAGGUCACGUGCUGUCGGACAAGUGCAUUCUCUCUCGUGCAUCCCGGGAAGUGUGGCCAGCUCUAGGCACCGCUAAGGAGGGAGAACAGAAUGGGUGUAAGCCCAGAGUCCACAGGUGUGCACUCGGGGCACCCACACCAAACGCUCCCUUCGGGGUCUCCGGCCCUGGGGGAAGACAGCGUCCACCCAAGGAGAGGGCCCUCGAGCCUGCCCCGCCCUCUCCAGUCUCUGCGUCUCCCCGUCAGUCCCUGUGGCUCCUCCCACAAAGCCCUGUCCCCUGAUACAGGCAGCUAGAUGACCACUGAAUUUGUAUGAACUAGCAUGUUGGGGUGAGCCUGAGGGGAGAUGGGGAGGCGAGAGAAAAGCACUCUCUAGUGGGGAAUGCUGCCCCCCCCCCCCCCCGCACUGAAGCUGUGGCAAGUCACCGGUAACGGAGGAACCUCCGUCCCUCUGAUUGUGCCUUUCUUCCUCCCCCAUGUGUUACAUCGGGGAAGCAAACACCCAGGGGCAUCACAGUGCCAGGGGUCGGAGGGACAACAACCAGGUAGAAGGAGCCACGUGACGUGGGCGGGACCCGCUGGACCCCUGGCCGGGGCUCUGCCUGGGGCUCCCCUGCCGUAGGGAGCUGCGCAUCCCGAACUCCAUGCUAGAAGCUGCUAGGAGCCUCCUUGUUGGGAUCCCGGCCAGCGAGGUUCGGGGGAAGGAGCCCUUUGGAAUGAGUGCGCACGCCCUCAGCCAGUCUGUGUGUGCCUGUCUCUCCCUUUGCCCCCCACUCCACCCCUCUUGAGGUGUCUGUCUUUUGCUGGGGUUGGUCCCUGCAGGGAGUGGGACAAAAAGCCAGGUGCUGGAAAGUCAGCCUGAGGGCUCUGGCAGGGUAUUCUCUGAGCCCCUCCCCCCACCCCCCCAGGCUCUCCUGCAGUAGCUGCCCUUGUAGCUGGUGCCUCGGUAUCUUCCCCGAGUAAGACCGGCUCUUUUCUGAGCGUCUCUGGGGGCGCCACACCCACUCAAAACUAUUACGCCACCGCCCAAGAAUUUCAGCUUUCUGAUGACCUUACUCCGCACGGCCUUACAGACCCUGUAACUAGGGGGCUCCCGGGAGUCAUGUACUGUGUUACGGAAGGUAUUUUGUACUGUGCUGUUCCUUGAAUCACACCAAUAUUCUGCAAGUCGUGCGCCUCCCACAUGAUUUUGAUUUCCAAAAUGCUUUGUAAGACGCGGGGGGAGUGGGAAUAUCUCUGCAUAUACUAUGUAUUUUCCUAGUCUUCCUCCCACGUCCCUUCAUCGGACGUGGAAUCACGACCGAGAGGGAACCAGAGGCCGCGUGCGGGGAAGUUCAGCCCACCACCUGCUGGAGCUCCAGCAGCUGCCCGCUGUGAGUUCCCAAGCCCCAGCAGUUCGGAGCGAAGGGCGGGCCAGAGGCGCUUUAUCCAACCCCAGAGAGAACCUCGCACCACGGGACUGAGACUCCAUCUAGAAAAAUGCCUAUAUUUUUAACGCUGAAACCUCGGGGCUCCCUGGACCUCACCGAGUAUUGGACGUUGACAAGUGCUUUUAUAUUUUGUAACUGCAAAGAGGUUUCACACGCACGUCAAGAGCAGUUGGGGACCUCGUCGACUGCCAUGAAACCGGAUGACCUCUGCAUGUACAGAGAUGUUGCGUUCGCACUAUGGAAAUAGCAAAUAAAGCUUUGAUGCAAGUUG